AUAUUAAUAUUGUUUGUUUCAAUAUAUAUUAUGAAUAGAAUGGCAUCAAGACUUGGAAGAGGACAACAACAACAACAACAAAGACCAAACUACUUCUUUGGUCUAAAGAUCACUAAUCAGUUGAUCAAUGCUCAGUUGAAGGAUGUGCAGGAUAGACUGUCAGUACGUGUGCCAGGCAUCAAGAGGUCAUUGACCUCAUCGGACAAGUUCCACUUGACCGUGUUUGUGAUGACACUCAAAGACCCAGCCACUGAACUACCCAUCGUCAAGUCAUUAAUGUCUCAGGCCAAGACACUAAUGAAUGAGGCUUACAAUAAUACUCCAUCAAAGGUUACUGUGAGUGGAAUAAGAUCAUUCUCAGAUAGAGUACUGUUCGCUGGACUGAAACAGGAUGAUGAUAAUGUAAGUUUGGGCAAGUUCGCAGCCAGUCUUACCAAACUGUUCCAGGACAAUAAGAUCGAUCUUGAAGAUAGAUGGAGUCCACACAUCACCCUAGCCAAGGGUAGAGGUGGUCCUGAGUUUACUGCUGCCAUCAAUGAUUGUGCACCUUAUGCCAACACAGAGUAUGGCGUUCAGAUGUUUGCCUCAAUGGACUUGAUGAGAAUAGGUAGUACUGAUCCCAUCACUAGAUACUAUGAGGUCACCGACACUGUACAGUUG